UAGAGCCGGUUGCCAUUUAUAUAGAUGGUGUUGUUUGUUUUUGUUGUAGAUUUUUCUUUUUUCCCAUAAAUUUUUGUUUUUAGUGUCACCCACUAAAGCCAUAGAUAUUCCUUUUCCCCCUUUGCCCUUUUUAAAACACAUCGAGUCCCUUUCAUACAACCCUCUUGGCUAAGUGAGUGACAAAGAAUGAUAGCAUCUCCUCAUUUCUCAGAGUUGCAGUGACCUCUCACCCCAACUUAGAAAAAGCCUUUUGGAUGUAUUGGACUGAAAUGAGUCCACAACUAUAUGAGGCGAUCAGGUUUCUAUAUACAUAUAUAUUUAAAUUGUAGUACACAAACACUUUUUGGACAGCUUCAUUCAUUUUCUUUUUCAGUAUAGUGUACACAUUACAUUUUUCCCUACCCUGUGUCACUUUUAGUCCCAAUGUCCUUUGCUUCUCACCGACCUUUUAUCAGAGGUCAGCCCCUCCCCUUUCAGGAAGAAAGGCUGGAGUUUUUAAAUUCACACAGCGGAUCUUAGCUUGGCCCAUGCAUUUUCAAAAAGUUGACUUUGGAGGGAAAAUGCUGGCUCGGUCUUUGAAGAAAAUAUGAACUGAUCAGAAGCUAGUUUAUCUUUGCAGUGCAAAAGAUAAGAUGGUUUCUAACCUAACCACUAUACUCCUGUGUUUUGUUAUCAAGUGCCCAAUGACGAGCUUUUCAUCUCAGUUUGCUGUCAAUACAGUUGCUGCCGUUGUGGGUUCUUCGCCCAGAUGUUGCACAUCAAUUUGUCACAUUUAAAACUUGUGUCUACAUUACAGGGGGCUACCAGGGUUGGGUCAAAUCUGGAGAUAUGGAGUUGUCCCGCUGGUUACAGGCCAUCUUAUUUCGUGCUAGAGGGGGGUAAAGGAGUGGGGAGGAGCAUCAGGGAGUCACCAGCUCCCCUGCUCUGUCGCUCCACCCCCCGCGCGCUUGCUAAGGUUUGGUGGAGUGUGCGCGCUCAGAGCUGUCUUCCUGACCUUUCAGCAUCAUCAAAGCAAUGCUCAAACAAACUCCAACAGUGCUUUUAGUGCACACAUGCUUCAGGUUUUUCUGACUGUGCUGAAUAAUGGAGAUUUUAUCCAGCUGGUUAUCUAUUCUGAUAUCCACUGCUCUUCAAUAACGUAUUGAACUGCGUGAGUUUGAGAGAUCUCAUUCUCACGGGCCUUAAAAUGGCCCAAAUGGUGUCAGGCAGACAGCUCACUAUCUGAACUCCACCGCCUGCGUCAGAUGCUGGGUUAGAAAGACAGAAGCACGCGCAGCAACAGUGAUGACCUCUUUAUUUCAGAGCUGUGGAGGCUUCUAGAUACAAAUAAUUAAACCACAGACUUUUCUUCCUACCCAUUGGCCAGGAUUCAAGAAAGCAGGCCAGGAUAAAGAAAUCAAAGUUUUAAAAAUAUUUCAUGAAAAUGCUAAAAGAAUAAAAGAAAAGCAAUGAUUAAUACUUCUUCCCUUUUCCUUCAAAUAUGUAAUAUUUUCUCCCAAAGAAAUGGGAUCAGUUCAUUUGGGCAAGAUCAAGCCAGUAACUGCCCUCCUUUAGUUUGAUAUGGAAACUGAAUUGAAGGACAACUGGAAGCCUAUCUAUAUUUCACUGAUAAAUUGUACACAUCAAAGCCUUUCUUCCCUCCCAGUUACCCUUAAAGCAUUCCUUUUGUUUUAUUUGAAAUGAAACAUUCAUUGCAUGAAUGAAAACUAAGAAUAUUAUAGUUUUUAUGUUUUUUGUGAUUUGGAAGAACGUGUUUUAUUUCCAUAUUAAAAAAAGGAUGUAUUGUUUGAAAACUUUUACUAACGAUCUUGUUUUCUGAUUUUGUCUCUUUUGGUUUUUCCACAACUGAUAUUGUUAUUUAGAAGGUUUCAGGUGGGUGACACUAUUCCUGCGUAGGUGCCUGGCGGAAAGGAACACUAGGGCAGCCUCAGUCCUCUCCUCUUCUUCCAGCCAGCUGCGACCACCACUCUGACAAAGUCCAAAAAUAUGGCUUGCUACCUGAAAGCCAUUGAGACUCAGCCCAACUUUGCAGUGGCUUGGAGCAACUUGGGCUGUGUGUUCAAUGCCCAGGGAGAGAUUUGGCUCGCCAUACACCAUUUUGAAAAGGCAGUGACUCUGGACCCAAAUUUCCUUGAUGCAUACAUUAAUUUGGGCAAUGUUUUGAAGGAAGCCCGCAUCUUUGACAGAGCUGUGGCUGGAUACCUGAGAGCAUUGAGUCUCAGCCCCAACCAUGCAGUUGUCCAUGGAAACCUGGCUUGUGUCUACUAUGAACAAGGACUCAUUGACCUGGCUAUCGACACCUACCGGCGUGCUAUUGAAUUGCAGCCUCACUUUCCUGAUGCCUAUUGCAAUUUGGCAAAUGCCCUGAAGGAGAAAGGCAAUGUUUCUGAAGCAGAAGAGUGUUACAACACAGCUUUGCGCUUGUGUCCAACCCAUGCUGACUCCCUUAACAACCUGGCCAAUAUCAAGCGUGAGCAAGGCAACAUUGAGGAGGCAGUUCAGCUGUAUAGAAAAGCCUUAGAGGUGUUCCCAGAGUUUGCAGCAGCUCACUCUAAUCUGGCUAGUGUUCUGCAGCAGCAGGGGAAACUCCAGGAGGCCCUCAUGCACUAUAAGGAGGCCAUAAGAAUCAGCCCCACAUUUGCUGAUGCAUACUCAAACAUGGGCAAUACACUGAAGGAAAUGCAAGAUGUACAGGGAGCGCUGCAGUGCUACACCCGUGCCAUCCAGAUCAACCCUGCCUUUGCUGAUGCUCAUAGCAAUUUGGCCUCUAUCCACAAGGAUUCUGGAAACAUCCCAGAGGCUAUUGCAUCUUAUCGCACAGCCUUGAAACUCAAGCCGGACUUCCCUGAUGCUUACUGCAACUUGGCCCAUUGCCUACAGAUUGUUUGUGACUGGACGGAUUAUGAUGAGCGGAUGAAAAAGCUUGUAAGCAUUGUGGCCGACCAGCUGGAUAAGAACCGCUUGCCCUCAGUGCACCCACACCACAGCAUGCUGUAUCCACUCUCUCACGGCUUCCGCAAAGCCAUUGCUGAGCGCCACGGAAACCUUUGCCUGGACAAGGUACACGCACUGAUCAAAAUUAAUGCACUGCAUAAGCCUGCCUUUGAGCAUCCUAAGGAUCUGAAAGCCAGCGGUGGACGUCUGCGUGUUGGCUAUGUCAGCUCUGACUUUGGAAAUCACCCAACUUCCCAUCUGAUGCAGUCCAUUCCUGGAAUGCACAAUCCUGAGAAAUUUGAGGUGUUCUGCUACGCACUCAGUCCUGAUGAUAGUACUAACUUCCGUGUGAAAGUGGUAGCGGAAGCUCAUCAUUUCACAGACCUCUCACAGAUCCCCUGCAACGGCAAAGCGGCUGAUCGCAUUCACCAGGAUGGGAUCCACAUUCUGGUCAACAUGAACGGAUACACCAAGGGAGCCCGAAAUGAGCUGUUUGCCCUCCGCCCUGCACCCAUUCAGGCUAUGUGGCUGGGUUACCCUGGAACCAGCGGCGCUCCUUUCAUGGACUAUAUCAUCACUGACAAGGAGACAUCACCUAUGGAAGUAGCUGAGCAGUACUCUGAGAAACUUGCCUACAUGCCUAAUACUUUCUUCAUUGGAGACCACGCCAACAUGUUCCCUCACCUCAAGAAAAAGGCAGUGAUUGAUUUCAAGUCUAAUGGACACAUCUUUGAUAACCGCAUCGUUCUUAAUGGUAUUGAUCUGAAAGCCUUCUUGGACAGUCUGCCAGAUGUCAAAGUGAUAAAGAUGAAGUGUGACAACAAUCAGGAAGCAGCUGGAGACACAAAUGGAGCUCUGUCGAUGCCUGUUAUUCCCAUGAACACAGCAGCUGAAGCAAUCAUCAACAUGAUCAACCAAGGCCAAAUCCAGGUCACAAUCAAUGGCUUCACUGUCAGCAAUGGCCUGGCCACCACACAGAUCAAUAACAAAGCUGCCACUGGGGAGGAGGUACCACGCACCAUCGUCGUGACGACCCGCUCCCAGUAUGGUCUCCCAGAGGACUCCAUUGUCUACUGCAACUUCAACCAGCUAUACAAGAUCGACCCUCCUACACUUCAGAUGUGGGCCAAUAUCCUGAAGCGUGUGCCCAACAGCGUGUUGUGGCUUCUUCGCUUCCCUGCUGUUGGCGAACCCAACAUCCAGCAGUACGCCCAGAACAUGGGUCUGCCUGGCUCUCGCAUCAUUUUCUCACCUGUGGCCCCCAAGGAGGAGCAUGUGAGGAGGGGCCAGCUGGCUGAUGUGUGUCUUGACACUCCUCUGUGUAAUGGUCACACCACAGGCAUGGAUGUUCUCUGGGCUGGAACACCAAUGGUCACCAUGCCAGGUGAGACCCUUGCCUCCCGUGUGGCCGCCUCACAGCUCAACUGUCUGGGCUGCCCGGAACUAAUAGCCCAAAGUCGCCAGGACUAUGAAGACAUAGCAGUCAAACUAGGCUCUGACAUGGAAUACCUGAAGAUGGUGAGAGCACGCGUGUGGAAGCAGCGAAUCUGCAGCCCUCUUUUCAACACCAAACAGUAUACGGUGGACCUGGAGAGGCUCUAUCUGCAGAUGUGGGAGCACCACAGCAACGGCAGCAAGCCAGAACACCUGGUCAAACACCUAACUGUAGAGACCAGUGAGAAUGCCUGAACUGGAAGCACGCACAUUUCUCCUCCCCUAUAUUCCAACCAUUUUAACCAUUAUCAGCGCCAUAGUUUGAAUGGUCAGUUUCCACUCCAGCUCCCUCUCCUUGAAUGAUUGCCUCCAUCUCUCCCAUUUACUAUUAAUGAGACUCUUAUUUGCAAGGAGCCUACACAUGUUCACAUUUGUCCCCAGUACAUUUGUGGUUGCAUCGCACAUCUGCAUCUCCUGAGCCAGGUUGAGCUUGAGACUUUCAGGCAUCUCAUCUGAGACUCUUGCCCUAAAACACAGUAUAUGUAUUUGGUGAGCAUGAGAGGAUUGUGAAUGCCCUCCUCCCCCUUCAGUACUUGGAUCAGUGGAUUUUUUUUCUCUUGUCGGUGUGCAUACAGGACUAAUCGCAGCUUGUGGAGAGAAUGCCCAGCCGUCGUUACUUGUUGAUCUAUUUAUAAAUGGAUUAAGACUGUUGUGUUUUAAAAUGACAAUAUUGCACCAUGAAAAUUGUAACCGACUUAAGUUUGAUCAGCUUUAACAUGCAAUUGUAAAAUCUAAAUUGAAAAUGCUCCUUAGUUUGUCUUAAGCUGUUUGUAAAUGACUGCAACAUGUAGAUGCGUAACUUUUGAGGAAUGGGUCUAGAUGAAGACUUUCCCUCACCAAAUGCCAACUUUUAUUUUUGUUAAAAAGGAAUAGGUUCGUUAGCUGUUGUCCGUUUUGAUGUCACACUAAGCUUGUGCAAAUUUUUGAUUGGACAAAGGAACUUCAUUAAAGUCACUGAAAAGGGGCCUAAAUUUCAGUUUCAAUAGUGAGAGCCAGUCAUUAAUUGAUACUGUUUUUUAAUCACACAAACAAGGAUCGGGCUUGGUAAGUAUUUUGUAAGCAGUUUUUGUUUUUGUAUUGUCUGUUAACUGUAUGCUGUCACUGAUGCUACAAGGCUCUAUAUAUAAUAAAAAAUAAAGAGAUGGCAAAAAUGGUA